GGGGGGGUGGCCGUGAGGGGAGCGGGUUCGGGCCCGGCCGGGUCCGGCGGCGGAGAUUGCUUCAGUCUUCAGCUCUCUAUGCUGACAUGGUAACUGAAGAGUGGCUUUCAGCGACAGACAGACAGGGGACAGCGGCUCCGGAGAGGCUAACAGGAACAGCCUGGUAGGGUCUAUCUCGAACAGACGCGGAUGAUGCCAGAGCUAUGACAGCGAUUGCAGUCUUGGCACUGAGGGGUGAUCAAUUAUGGAACAACUACAGGAGGAAGUACCUGAGGUCAGGGAAGAGGAGGAGGAAGAGGAAGAGGCAGUGAUGGUGGCAGGCGGAGCCUCAGACACAAGUGGAGGACCAGACAGCUCGCUGCCUUCGAGCAGCUACACAGACCUCUCGCAGAGCUCCUCUCCCUCCCUGUCGGACCAACUGCAGAUGGGCUGCGAGGAGGCAGCUUUGGGAGCGCUCAGCGUGGAGUGCAGGGUCUGCGGAGACAGAGCCUCGGGGUUUCACUAUGGUGUCCAUGCCUGCGAGGGCUGCAAGGGUUUCUUCCGCCGGACGAUCCGCAUGAAGCUGGAGUAUGAGAAGUGCAAGAGGAGCUGCAAGAUUCAGAAGAAGAACAGGAACAAGUGCCAGUACUGCCGCUUCCAGAAAUGCCUCUCGCUGGGAAUGUCACAUAAUGCAAUCCGCUUUGGCCGCAUGCCCGAGGCAGAGAAGAGGAAGCUGGUGGCAGGACUGACAGCCAGUGAGAUCAGCUGCCAGAACCCGCAGGUGGCCGACCUCAAGGCGUUCUCCAAGCACAUCUACAAUGCCUACCUGAAGAACUUCAACAUGACCAAAAAGAAGGCGAGAGGUAUCUUGACCGGGAAGGCCAGCAGCACCCCACAGCCUUUUGUGAUCCAUGACAUGGACACCUUGUGGCAGGCAGAAAAAGGGCUGGUGUGGAAGCAGCUGGUGAACGGCAUCCCCCCCUACAAGGAGAUUGGGGUGCACGUCUUCUACCGCUGCCAGUGCACCACAGUGGAGACUGUGCGGGAGCUCACCGAGUUUGCCAAGAGCAUCCCCAGCUUCAUAGGCCUCUACUUGAAUGACCAAGUGACUCUGCUGAAAUACGGGGUGCAUGAGGCCAUCUUUGCCAUGCUGGCCUCUAUCAUGAACAAGGAUGGGCUCUUGGUGGCCAAUGGGAAUGGCUUUGUGACCCGGGAGUUCCUGCGUAGCCUGCGCAAGCCCUUCAACGAGAUCAUGGAGCCCAAGUUUGAGUUUGCAGUGAAGUUCAAUGCGCUGGAGCUGGAUGACAGUGACCUGUCCCUGUUUGUGGCUGCCAUCAUCCUGUGCGGAGACCGCCCUGGCCUGAUGAACGUGAAGCAAGUGGAGGAGAUCCAGGAUAACAUCCUGCGGGCGCUGGAGUUCCACCUGCAGUCCAACCACCCGGAUGCCCAGUACCUGUUCCCCAAGCUGCUGCAGAAGAUGGCAGACCUGCGGCAGCUGGUGACAGAGCACGCCCAGCUCGUGCAGAAGAUCAAGAAGACAGAGACUGAGACGUCUCUGCACCCUCUUCUGCAGGAGAUCUACAAGGACAUGUACUAAGGACCUGUUAUUUAUGCAAAUGAAGCCAUGAUUCCCAUCAAAACUCUUUGUACAGAAACAAAGAAAACCUUUUCCCCCACGUCUUCCAUUUCUUCUACUGGACACUUUUCUACGUGACCCUGACGUACGGUACAUAGGGUGAGAUGCCAUCAGCCACCUCCUGCUAGGCCAGGGGCUCCCGUUAACACACUAACAAAUGUACAAAGGCAAAUCAUAAGCUACAGUUUCCGUUACUACAGCCCAGCUCUUCAGCUGCUCCUUGGAGCAACCACACGGUUUACAUGGGGGGGGUUCCAGCAGUCUGGGGAUGGUGGGAGAUGUUGUGGUCUUCAGGACACCCGAGUGUGGUACAGGUAUCUGCUGGGGCCAGCCACAGCUGACAAUGUGGCUUGAUCUUUGUGUUGCACUCCAAAGGUGUGGUCCUGAGCCAUGAGGGACAGUGUAAUGAAAGGAUGUUUCUCCCUAUCCCAAAGAAAAGCCAGAGUGUUUGAAGGUGGGUGCUGUGGUCCUAGCAGAGACCUUCAGCUGCUGCCCCUUCCCUGAGUGUGGCGUGUUCCUGUCUCCCAGAUGAUUGUGUGAUCUCUGCCUUCCCUUGCUCCUGGUGCUGCUCCUUCAAAGGGAUCCUGCUCCUCAGCCCUCUGUGUGAGAUGGAGGGAUGAGGAGGUGGGUUUGGCUCAUCAGAAUCCACCUUCAGAGCAGAGGAUGGAGUCCUGCAGGGAUAGCCUGUGCAAGGCCUGGGGCUGCUCAGGGUGAGGUGCAGGGCUUCUGGCUUCUGCAGCCCCUUCCCCAGCCUGGGGGCUGUGCAGCAGAGCUCCCUGUCAGUACCCGAGCAAGCAAAGCCUUCAGAAACACCAGUAAGGGGAGAGCCACAGCCAGCCCAAAGUGCUUGUGAUGCUGAAAGGGCAUUGACCUGUUAACUGCCCUGCCUCAGUUUCCCCUCUCUGAAAGGGCGCUGGAUUGUCCCUUCUCUGCCCGCAGCAGGAGCACAAGGAUGAGGUGGUGUUGGUUGCAAAGAGCUUUGGAGCUCUAAACCAGUAGAAAUGCCAAGGAUUUAUAAACAGGGAGACCAAGGGUGGGUAGCCCAUGAUGAACAGGAGCUUCCUGACCCCCAGGAAGGGCUCAGUCCCUCUCGGGACCUGCCCACCUGCAGCUUGUGGUCCCAUAUGUCCUGAGCAGCCUUAUUGUGAUCCUGAUAUUCCCAAGGAGGGGUUGUGGGAGCAAAUCAGUCGGUUUUAUUUCAUUUUCCUCCUCUUCAGGGUAGCAGAUUUCCCUGGUGCAAUAAUUCCUUUAAAACCCCAAGAGUUGCUCUGGGUGUCCCCUCCUGUAUCCCAGGGCUGGCUGGCCCCAAAGCUGCCCCUGCUGCUGCCCCCCAGCUCCUGUCGUGCCUCAGUUUCCCUUUCCCCUCCCUACCUCACAGGGGGGUUAUGAAUGACCGUUUCUAAAGCACUUUGAAGCCCUCUG